AUGGCUAAAGUCCAAAAAUUGGUAGUGGAUGCAGGUCCUCUUUUGACACAAUCUAGAGACGAGCUGAAAUCUGCUGCAGAAGAGCUCUAUACUACUCCAGAAGUCUUAAGCGAGAUCAAAGACGAGACUGCGCGUCAACGGCUGGCCCUUUGGCGAGAAGAACUUCACAUCCAAAGCCCCAGUGCAGAUGCUAUAAAAUUUGUGAGUGCAUUCGCUAAAAAGACUGGUGAUGCUACUGUUCUUUCCGCUCCUGAUAUUGGCAUCAUUGCCUUGACUUAUGACUUGCAUUCUAAAGAAGGUCUCAAGUCUGCUCCCCAGGUUUUUGAUCCCACAAUGAAAGUAGUUGAACACCAAGGCCACAGCCAGCAGACUGAAGAGCAGACUGAGGAGCAGGCUGAGGAGCAACCCGAUCAGGAAGAGUCUGAAAAGCCUGAGGAUGAUGAAUGGGCUGUUGUCAAGCCUAAGCAAAAGGGACGACGGAAGCCCGCUCCUAAAAAGAUUGUGCCAAAGGAACCAGAGGUAGAGGCAGCAAAAGAAAAGAAGCCCGAAACGAAUGACGAAGAAGAAGACGAUGACGAUAGUGACUGGUCCGAUGAUGGAUGGAUUACCACAGAGAACCUGAAAGAACAGCUGGAGAAAGAUAGCGCAGAGAUGAGACCUAUUGAUAAGCCGGUUUCUGCCGCAUUGGCUUCAAGGGAUUUUGCCGUCCAGAACGUCUGUUUGCAAAUUGGAAUGGACGUUAUCAACGACAACGGGCUGCGGGUCACCCAGCUCAAGACGUUCAUGCAACGCUGCCAUGCUUGCUUCCACUUACUGCCGAUGCCCAAAGAGGGCUCGUCAAAGCAGUUUUGUCCUAGAUGCGGUGGUCACACACUCACUCGGGUCACUGUGACCAUCGGGAACGGCGAGAUCCACGUUCACCUUAAAGCAAAUAUGCAAUGGAAGACCCGAGGCGAUCGCUACAGUCUGCCGAAUCCCCAGUCGCGUCGAGCCCGCCGGGCUCAGCAUGAUGACAAGGUCGAAUACUAUGCUGAAGAUCAGCCGGAGUAUGCCAAGGCCGUUAAGCUGCAACAGCGGAAACAGCGUCAGAACGAAAAGCUCAUUGCUGAUUGGGUGGGGCCGUCAACCGGCGAUUCAGGAGCAUCACCGUUUGUUGGAAAACGAAACAUGACCAGUCGCGUCAAGAUUGGACGCGGCCGUAACGCUAAUGCUAGUUAA